GAGCUCUGAGCGGAAAUGGGUGGGACUCCUGGCGAGCGCGGGAGGCGGAGCGUGCGUAGGACGUCGCUGGGCCGGUGCGCGUGGUCGCUGGUCGCCGCUAUGCUCCGCUGGGCCAGUGCUUGCAAGUCCCUCCACGGGGCGCUGAACCCCUGCAGACCCAGCUCGUCGAGAAUGCCCAAAGCUCUCAGGAGCAGCAGCGUCAGCGACCGAGGGGACGCCGAGUCGAGGCCGCUGCCGCUGUCCUACAAGCUUCUGGAUGGGGAAGCGGCCCUUCCGGCCAUCGUUCUCCUGCACGGACUCUUCGGCAGCAAAACCAACUUCAACUCCAUCGCCAAGGCCUUGGCACAGCAGACGGGCCGGAGGGUGCUGACGGUGGAUGCUCGGAACCAUGGCGACAGCCCCCACAGCCCGGAUGUGAGCUAUGAGGCCAUGAGCCAGGACCUGCAGCACCUGCUGCCCCAGCUGGGCCUGGCACCCUGCGUCCUGGUCGGCCACAGCAUGGGAGGAAAGACGGCCAUGCUGCUGGCCCUGCAGAGGCCCGAGCUGGUGGACCGUCUGAUCCCUGUGGACAUCAGCCCAGUGGCACACACUUCCCUGUCACAUUUCUCUACCUACGUGGCCGCCAUGAAGGCCGUAGACAUCCCAGACGGUCUGCCCCGCUCCUGUGCCCGGAAACUGGCUGAUGAGCAGCUCAGCGGUGUUGUCCAGAACUUGGCUGUACGGCAGUUCCUGCUCACCAACCUGGUGGAGGUCGAUGGGCGCUUUGGUUGGAGGGUGAAUUUGGACGCCUUGGCCCAGCACAUGGACAAGGUCCUGACCUUCCCUCAGCGCCAAGAGUCCUACUCCGGCCCCACCCUCUUCCUCAUUGGUGGGGACUCUGCAUUCGUGCAGCCCAGCCACCACCCUGAGAUGAAGCGGCUCUUCCCUCGAGCACAGAUGCAGACUGUGCCUAACGCAGGCCACUGGGUCCAUGCCGACCGCCCACAGGACUUCGUGGCCGCUGUGAGAGGCUUCUUGACCUGAGAGGUGCCCCUGCUAGUGGGGCCAGGAGACCCUGGGCUUCACGUGGCCCAUCCUGGUUUCAUCACUCCACACACAAGGACUCAGGCCGCCCCUCAGCGGGCAUCCAGGUGCAGAGAAAGUCAGCCCUCCAGUUUUAAUGAAUAAAGAUGGUGCCCCCAAA